UAUUAGAAAAAGCCAUUAACAAAUUAAUGGCGUACAAAAACGUAUCAUUUCAGGAAGCGAAACAGCAAGCAAUGCUGGAACUGGGAUUCGUGGAUAAAAGGUUAAAAUAUAGGGACGCAGAGGAACAAAAUGAUUUCUACGGGAACAAUAAAGACUUCCCUUCUCUUGACAGAUUUAAAAAGAAGAAGAUCAUCGUUGAGAAAUGGGAGGAUCAACCAUGUGAUCUACGUCACCCAUUCUGGAAAUACGUCAAGUCCAGACAGCAACCAAGAAGUGACAGGAAUAGGGGACAAGAAUAUAGGCUGGAUACACAAAAUAGAUACGAGUCCUUGAGCGAAGAGGAAGAUCACGGAAAUUUUCCAACACAAUCAAGGGAGGAAGACAUAGCCUAUGCAGACAAAGUGAAAUCAAACCAGAAGAAUAAUAGAAGAAUCCCAAAUAAGGAAAAGAACAUCAUGAAUGACAAGAGACAGAAACACACAGACUAUGAUAUUGAGCAACUUCUGCAAUGGAUCAAGGAAGAGGAACUAGAGGAUGUGGUUCUGAAGAGACUGGAAAACAGAGGAAGAUACAGCUCUGAACAAAUGGAGAAAAUGUGGGGAAAAGUGGAUUCCAACCUUAAAAGGUUAGAUAGGAAUGUCCAAAGGCAGAUCAGGAGCUACAACUACAGCGAAUUACCCAAGCAUAUAACAGGAGAUAAUUUAGUAGACGAGGAAUUAGAAGAAAUGAGACGAAAAGAAGAGGAGAGGAAAAGAGCUUUCUUGUAUAGGAAUAAGAGACCAGACGCAGGAUACAGAAGACAAAAUUUCAGGGGAACAGAUAAUAAUGAAACAUACCAUAACAAGCAUGAGAAUAAGGACUGGAAUCAACCGAAUAAGGUAGACAAACUAAUGCCAGAAUGGAAAAAAGCGGAAGAACAACCCACAACCAGUAAACCCAAGGAGAGGGAAGACUUCGCCGCAAUGGUUUUUGAAUUACCUGCUCUACCACAAGUACCGGUUGACGACAACUGGGAUUCAGAUGCUCCAAAGGAGGAGCGUGAUCAGGUAAAAACAGUAAAAUCAAUGGCAACAAUAGAAGAGAAAGAAGAGGAGAAAACGGAAUUAGAAGCCUUCAUUCCGAUGGAAGAAGUAGGAGCGAACAUAGAAAUAAUAAAAACAGAAAAAUCGGCAGACUGCAACAGCGUAAGCGAGGUCCCAUCAACCUCGACGGGUAUCACAGUAAAUAACUGUUAGGAGGGGAAGUUGGACUCAUUCAAAUCUCCAGACGGUAAAUCAGAAAGUGAAAUCGAAAUUGAUUGGGAAAAUGAGGAUAAAUUGAAAGAAUCAGAAAAGGAAGAUUUUAUUUUAUAUUAAGUUUAAUCUACAUAGGAAAUCCGACGACAAAGCACAAAACUACACUUCAUAUCCUGAAAGUGGUAGGAGAU